UCCUGCCUCAGCCUUCUGAGUACUGCGACUACAGGACCACUGUCCUCUGAAGAUUUUCAAGAGAGUUCUGCUAUGAAGUGACCAAGUCUCCUAGAAGCAUAGAAGCAGCAUGCAAGCUUCCUGGAGAAAGGCACUUCUUUACAGCAGUGCCCUCUGCACAGGAAUUGGGCCCCUUCUGUAUUACCUCAUACAAAAAGGGCUCACCAGGGCAGAGUACUACCAGAUGGCGCUGGAGCAGCUGCAUGGCCACCGCGAGGCACUGGAAGCCCUGGGCUCGCCACUCCGGGUGCACUGCAUGCCCAUACUCAGCAAGGACCACCUCGUGGACAUCGCCGACGCCCGGCUGAAGAUUCCUGUCUCUGGGCCCAAGGCAGAGGGCUGUCUCCUUACUCGGUCAACCAGAAGUGCCCCUUUUCAGAGGUGGAACCUUCAAGAAGUCAUCCUGGAGCUCAAAGAUGGGCAGCAGAUCCCUGUGUUCACGCACAGCGAGGAGGGGAAGUGAACGAAGAUCGACUUUCUCCUACUGGCUUUAAGUGCCCUUCUUUGGCCACCAGUGAAGGGACUGCUGAUAUGAGGUGGUUCUCUGGCUGUGCUGACGUAACCACCCCAAAUGCUACUGUGGUUCAUUUAAUUCAAUCAGAAGGAAAUUUAUAGUAAGGUUUAUAUUUAUUCAGAAGUGCUUCAUGUACAAAAGCAAAGCACAAGAAAAAUAAACCAGUAUUUGUAAUACA